AUGCUUGGUGCGAAGCCAGUGGCGACGCCGAUGUCCCAGUCACCGCUCACGUUACACUCCGGGACACCUCUUGCUGAUGCUAAAACAUACCGCAUGGUUAUUGGGACUCUACAGUACUUGGCGUUUACCCGUCCGGACAUUGCAUUUGCGGUAAACCGUCUCUCUCAAUAUAUGCACCAACCAACCACGGAUCAUUGGCAGGCUGCUAAGAGGAUUUUACGUUACCUCGUUGGUACAACUUCUCAUGGUAUUUUCAUUCGCUCGGACUGUCUUCUUACUGUCCAUGCUUUUUCAGACGCUGACUGGGGUGGUGAUAAAAGUGAUUGUAUCUCCACAAAUGCGUAUAUUGUCUACUUUGGGGGAAGUCCGAUUUUGUGGUCCUCCAAGAAACAGAGGAGUGUUGCUCGAUCCUCCACAGAGGCAGAGUACCGUGCGGUUGCAAACACAGCCUCAGAACUUCAGUGGAUAUGCUCACUUCUUUCUGAAUUGGGCAUCACCUUAUCAGCAGCACCGGUUAUAUACUGUGAUAAUAUGGGAGCUACCUAUCUUUGUUCAAAUCCUGUUUUCCACUCAAGAAUGAAGCAUAUAGCAAUUGAUUAUCACUUCGUGCGUGGCUAUAUUCAAUCCGGUGCCUUGCGUGUCUCCCAUAUCUCGACACAUGAUCAGUUGGCCGACGCUUUGACAAAGCCUCUACCUCGGCCACGUUUUCAAGAACUAGCUUACAAGAUUGGAGUUAAGUCACUGUCUCCAUCUUGA